AUGGCCACACAUCCAUCCGAUUGCUUCUCUAUGCCCAGCAAUGUAACUUCCUUCUUAUCUCAGCAGCAGCAACAACAACAACUUCAACAUCCCACCUCCAUUAUCUCAUCUUCCUCUCCAUCCUCAACACAUCCAGACAACUUGCAAUCACUUGAUUCGGCUCUUUUGACAACUUCUUCAUCCUCCAUUUCCAGCACAAAUACUCACACUUCAAACAGUAGUACAUCCAGCAGUAUUAACACCAUCGGUAGUAAUAGCAGUAAUAGCAUUGCCGGUACAACAGUAGCCUCAACCACAACAUCAUCAAGCUCCCCAAGCAUAUAUCCUUCUAUCAAUACAACAACCGUAGACUCUCCGGAUCAAAUCAUUGAGCUUGUCAUGAGCCAGCUCGAAGAUCAAGGACCAAACCGUCUUUCCUCUACUUCUACAAUAACCAUCACCGGUAUUCCCAAAUCUCCGGAGCCUCUCGCAACUUCGUCUAAUGCUCUUGGAGCAUCAUCAUCAUCAUCAUCAUCAUCAUCAUCAUCAUCAUCUGCAGCAGCAGCAGUAGCAGCAGUAACCACAACUGCCAUCCAUGGUAGUAGUAGUAGUAGUAGUAGUAGUAGUAGUAACGACAGUGACAAUGGCAGUGACAGUAAUAACAUUAGUAACAACUCGUCAACACCCAGUCUCCCAGACUUUUCAUCAUCUUCUAGCAUAUCCUAUCACAACCUUGCUCCACCAGAUCGUGCCUUUUACGACUCUUCUUUUACUCCUCCUUCUUUAGGAUCACUCCCUCCUCAUGCAUUAAAAGACAAAUUAAAGUACAGUUUGACUUUACCUACUACGCAGCCCACAUCCCCUUCUUCUACUACUACCACUUCAGAUUCUUUCAUCUCGCUUCCUCAGAGAUCCCUCUCUUCCAUUUCUCCAACUUUAACUUCCCGCCCACCUUCAGAUGAUACUGUGACAAGUCCUUUCCGCACUGCAGCUCCAAUAUCAACAAGCCCUACAACAAACUCUGCUGCAUCUGCAGCUUUUGCUGUGGCCACAGAUUCUGAUAUGCCUCCACUAAAUGAUGGUGCUGCCGUCCAGCUCAACAAUAAAGGCCUCACUAUGCUGCCUCCAGAACUCUUUGAGACAAUGCGCUCUUCUGUUUCGAAGUUAAGUCUACAAUCCAAUCAGUUAUCAUAUCUACCUCCGGAAAUUCAAACAAUGAAAUUUAUGACGUAUUUAGAUAUUAGCUACAACCGUUUCACAGAGUUCCCUAGUGUGCUUACAAAAUGUCCUUCACUCAUUAUUUUAGACAUCAGUCAUAAUGAAAUUCAGUGUCUACCAAAAGACAUUGGCCACCUUGAUGGUCUUCGCAUUCUCUCUCUUUCACACAAUCGAUUCAAGUACAUGCCACCAGCUAUUCUUGAUAUGGUGGACUUAAUGGUUGUUCAGGUUGACGAAAACCCUUGGGUUUAUCCUCCCAAGGAAAUUAUUCAGCACCCAGACGCACAAGCAGCUGACCAAACCGAGUGGUUGGAUAUUUUGCGAACAUAUAUGGAAAAUAAUUUGGGAAAGAUCCAAAAGGAACUUGAACAAGAUUUAGAAAUGCAGCAGAAAAAGCAACAAAAGGCUCAAAAUUCUAAUACUUCGGAAUCUCAAGUUAGUGCUGCUGCACCACCACAACCUACAAUUGCAUCUUCCAACAACACUACGCCAUCUACACCUGCAAACUCUUUACAACCCACUGAAAUCCAUUCUAAGAUUUCUGACAUUGAAACGCUAUCUAGUUGGUUUAAAAACAAUGAGUCAUUUGAGGAUCCUCAAAGAAAAGAUGGCAUUGGGCCUUUCCUUGAUAAAGUCGAGCGUAAAAUGAGUAUUGCUGAGCAGCAGCAGCAGCAGCAGCAGCAGCAACAACAACAACAACAGCAGCAACAACAACAACAACAACAACAACAACAAGUAGCCACAUCUGCUCCAUCAAUUGCUACCUCAUCUUCAAGCACUUCGUCUACUUCAUCUUCCAUAACAGUUCCUUCAUCAUCUGGCACAUCUACACAAUCUUCGCGAGCUCUUAAGCGCAUGGGGUUUGUUGUCAAAAAACCAACUCGAGGGAACUCUCUAGAUAGUGAAUCAUCACGUACUGGGUUGACACUCCCCUCUCAAGGGUUUGCCACAACGGCAACAACAACAACAACUGCGGUUUUAUCUUCACCCGGCACCUCUUCAACUUCAACCCCACCUGUUCCAUCAACAGUAAAUACAACAACAUCUUCUUCAACUGAAUCAGUUAGCCAACCCAACUCUACGUUAUCACUAGCUGCAAUCAACACUUCUACUGCAGAUUUACCCAAAUCAGGAUACCCUGCGGUGCCUUUGUCUCCGGAAGACAGCCACCCACCUACCCCUUUAGCUGCAUCUGCCGUGCUGAGAUCUCCAUCUCGAAGGACUUCUCAGUCAAUCUAUUCCAUCAACUCACAUUCCCAUGACUUUGACUCUAUUCCGGAAUCGGGACAUAGUAGCAUUGGAAGCAGUGCCAGUAGCAGUGGGUUUGCCAUGGACCGGCUCCCCUCUUUUGAUGAAACUCCUUAUUAUCCGGCUACUACCGCUGCUUCAACAUCGACAUCCUCUUCAGCCGCAGCUCUACUUAGUGUCACUAUGGGGUCUACACCAGUCAUUUCACCUUCAUCUUCUAGUUCAUCAUUCCCGUCACUGCAUAAUGUGCAUACACCUACACAUUCUAUUUCUUCAAAUGGUGGCGGUGGUGGUAGCAUUUCAUCUCUUGCUUCACGUCUACGUACUAAUUCACAUUCGUCGCGUGAGCGUAGUCAUUCUUUAUCAGUAACAUCUUCUCCUGAAAAAGAGUCUGCUUCUGGGGCGUAUUUCCGACGCUUAUCUACAUUAACGGAGGAAAUCAAGCCUGUUUCUUCUUCGUCCACGUCAUCAGCAUCAUCCCCACUAGCUUUUGCCUCAGCCGUAGGGAAGUCUCCAGAACACACUGAGUGCCUUGAAGUUGAACGCCGGAUUGUGUUUACGGCUCGGACCAUUUUAUUUUCUCUUGUCGAGUUUCAGUCGAUUCUUCGUCGCUGCGCCAGACUAUGCAACGACAAAUCUAUUUCUGUAAAACUUUCAGAAUUACUUUAUUCAGGCCAAUCAUACAAUGACAACUUGGUGCGUGCGUUAGAACAGGAGGAAACGCGCUCGAGAUCUAACGAAGAGGUGUCUAUUGAAGAGUUGCAGUCAAUUACUCGUAAGAUUGCACAAACCUCAGUAACAUCAAUGAAACAUUUCCGGCAUAUGGCUCAGUUUUGCAGUGAUCAUUUAUUUGGAUUCACAUCACAUAUUGACAUUAAGUUUAUUCGAUGCUUGAUUCUGACUACGUUUGGAUCAUUCAAUGAGCUUUUUAAUAGUUGGAACACUCUGAAUGAGGUUGAAUGUCCUCCAAAGUAUCCUCCGUUGGCAGAUUCAACGCCAUCUUUAACGCCAAUUUCUCUUUCCCGCUCUGAUACAGUAAUGGCCAACAUGUCCAAGAGCCACCAAAGCCCACUGGCAAUGCCUUCUUCUUCAAUUUUUACUUCAUCACACCAUUCAUCUCCAACCACGCCAUCAGGGUCUGCUGCUCCCGGCGGGUUUGGAAUGAUCCAUACAAUAUCAGGGUCUUUACCCAGUCCUCAACUUUCAUCUACUUUUGCCGAGGCUGAUGAUGCACUGUACCAUGGGUUGGAGGCCGCGGCAGCCGCGGCAAAAACGCUUUUGCGACAACUCACAGAAACCUUGUCGAAGGAAUCGAGUGGCUCUAAAACACCAAAUGCUUCGGUAACUUCGCACGUUAAAAAUUUGUCACAUCGGUGUGUGGUUGGUGUUGAAGUUACACAGCGACUCAAAGAGCAACUUGAUAAUCUGGGGAAGGCAAGGGCGGCAGCAGCUGCUGCUGCUGCUGCCAAUUCUGGUGGAGGUGCUACUACUAAUGGCACAUCCACUCCGGGUGGUUUAUUCUCUUCUCAACCCAUGCUUGAUCUUACUGACCGGCGGCGGUUUUGGGACGACAUGAAUGCAUUUGUAAAGGGCAUGAUUGGGCUACUGGCUAGCACCAAGAGUGCCAUUACGGAUCUGCCAUAUCUCAAAAACACACAGAACCUAGCCACGUUAUCGAAACUGACAAAGGACAUUCCACCGCUGAUGGAUUCAUCGUCAUAUAAGCUUUUGAUGGUGUCUGCUGCAGUGUCUGCAGCAACUUCGAUGCCGAGCGUUUCGGCGUUAGCCGAUGGUAAGGAGCACUCUGCCUCUAUUUCAGGGCCAGUCAUGAGUACUGCCUCUGCUUCUUCAACAGCUCCAGCGGCCUCAGCCGAAACUUUGUCACUUUCUGGGCACCCGUCUUUUAUUUCUAUUCCAGCUUCUAUUAAUGCUAAUUUCCAGCAACAGCAGUUAUCUAUUUCUACAGCAGCGGCGGCGGCAGCAACCGGAGUUCCUGGGCCAGGAUCAUCUGGACUCCCCCCGCUAACUUUACCUAGAGUCCACUCUCCGGGACCUGUAACAGCACCUGCUGCACCGGGAUUUCACGAACUUACAUCACCAACAGCGACAAGUGGACAGUUUUUUCCACCACCAACAACUCCGCUUUCUGCAGUUCUUGGGCCUGCAGCAGCAGCUGUUGCAAUGCCAUCACCACCAAUCAAUAAGACUUUUGCCAGCUCGCCGUUUUUCCCACCUCAUGGGGCUGAUUUAUCUUUAGCGAAUACCACUAGUGGAGCACAACCAGUAACUACAAGCUCGUCCUCGUCUUCUACGGCUGCUACAAGUAGUGGAACAAUAGGUGGGGCCUCAGCUGCACCUGGGAUGGUGUCUAGCACAAGUGCCAGUGCCAUUUCGUCGCCAUUGAUGAUGCCUACUAUAAUGUCUGGACUUUCUGGGUACAAUAAUAAUAAUAAUAAUAAUCUGUUGACGCAGGCAGCAGUACAAGCAGCAGCAGCGGCCCAAGCGGCAGCGGCAGCGGCAGCAGCGGCAGAACUUUCUUCCUUGCCAUCGUCUUCUUCUUCUUCUUCUUCUUCUUCUUCUUCUUCUUCUUCUUCUGCAUUACCAGGUAUGACUACGAUUGAUGGCAACAUGUCUACGUUUUCGCUUGCGGAUCUAGGAUCAACGAUGGUAUCACCGACCAUGUCAAAGGCUUCUCUAGCAACGGCUGGAAUGCCUGCUACGGUGCCUGCGUUACCUGUAUCACAGCAGAUGGCGGCAUAUUUCCCAGUGCUUGCAGAUCAUUUACCUGUGAGCUCUGCUGGGGUUGUUCCACCAGUUGUGAGCCCAAGCAGUUUGUAUUUACAUCAGCAUAUGAGUAACACAUCGACUCAACAGCAGCAGCAGCAGCAACAACAACAACAACAAUUAGGACAUAGUGGUGCAGGAUCAGUACCGUUUGAUUCUUUACCACAGCAGUUACAACAACAGCUGCAACAGCAAGCAAGUAGAGCACCUAGUCGAGUACCAAGUAGGGCACAAAGCCGAGCACCUAGUCAAGGGCCUAGUCAGGGUCUCAAUCAAGGACCAGGACAAGGACCAGUUGUUACAGCACCAAGUCGUGGUCAUGGGCAUACUUUAAGUACAGGAUCUUUAGAGAGCAUUUCUAGUAAUGCGACUAUUAACAGUUCUGAUGGGAUUGCUGGUUUGUCUCAAUCUGUGGUGGACAUUAUGUCUGGUGGAGGUGCAACUGCUGCAAGUAAUAAUUAUGGGACUCAAAGCAGCAGUACUACUAAUAGUAGCAACAAUAGUGGGGUGCCCAAAACGCAUAGCCGGAACCAGAGUGGGAGUAGUAUGGAGGGGACUACUCGACGGCAUGGUCGACCUGGUAGUGCUGUUGUUGCUGGUGGUGGUGGUGGUGGUGUUAGUGUUGGUGAGAAUGAGGCUGGAGGUCCGAUGCCAUUUACGUUUGGUGGGUCUGCAGGAGUUGCGCCUGUAGUUGCUAGCACUGUAAGCAAUGUGAGCAAUACUAGUGUACGGAGUACAUCGAGUUCUGUGAGCAGUGGUAGUGAUGGUGUAUAUUCAAGUCAUGUUGGUCAUUCUCAACAACAGCAGCAUCAGCAGCAGUAA